CGGGAGACCCGGGUACACAGAGAGGACUGGCCUCCGUCCCCAGGCCCGUGCGCGGUCCUCUCCUGGGACUCGCAGGCCCGGGACACACGAGCCAGGUGGCCCCCAGCUUGGCCAGCGGAGAGCCGCAGGCACCAUGAGCCAGAGGCAGGUGCUGCAAGUGUUCGAGCAGUACCAGAAAGCCCGCACCCAGUUCGUGCAGAUGGUGGCAGAGCUGGCGACCAGACCCCAAAACAUCGAGACCCUGCAGAACGCGGGUGUCAUGUCUCUGCUGAGGCCUCUCCUUCUGGACGUGGUCCCCACCAUCCAGCAGACGGCCGCUCUGGCGCUUGGGAGGCUGGCUAAUUACAAUGACGACCUGGCGGAGGCAGUUGUCAAAGGCGACAUUCUUCCACAGCUUGUUUAUUCAUUGGCAGAACAGAAUCGUUUCUACAAGAAAGCAGCUGCCUUUGUGUUGCGAGCAGUUGCUAAGCACUCCCCACAGCUAGCCCAGGCGAUCGUGGACUGUGGAGCACUGGACACACUAGUGAUAUGCUUAGAAGAUUUUGACCCAGGAGUCAAAGAAGCUGCAGCCUGGGCUCUUGGAUAUAUUGCAAGACAUAACUCAGAACUGUCACAAGCCGUGGUGGAUGCGGGAGCAGUUCCUCUGUUAGUGCUUUGUAUCCAGGAGCCAGAAAUUGCUUUGAAAAGGAUUGCUGCUUCAGACCUCAGUGAUAUUUCAAAGCAUUCACCAGAGUUAGCACAGACAGUAGUGGAUGCAGGAGCUAUUGCUCACUUAGCCCAGAUGAUUCUGAACCCUGAUGCUAAAUUGAAGCGUCAGGUCCUUUCAGCUCUCAGUCAGAUUGCAAAACAUUCUGUGGAUCUGGCUGAAAUGGUGGUAGAAGCAGAGAUUUUUCCAGUUGUACUUACCUGCCUGAAGGACAAAGAUGAAUAUGUGAAGAAAAAUGCUUCUACUUUAAUUCGAGAGAUUGCAAAACAUACACCUGAGCUUUCGCAGCUGAUAGUGAACGCAGGCGGCGUGGCGGCCGUGAUCGACUGCAUCGGGUCCUGCAAAGGGAACAUCCGGCUGCCUGGCAUCAUGAUGCUGGGCUACGUGGCGGCUCACUCUGAGAACCUGGCCAUGGCGGUGAUCAUCAGCAAGGGUGUGCCCCAGCUGUCAGUCUGCUUGUCCGAAGAACCAGAAGAUCACAUUAAGGCUGCCACUGCCUGGGCCUUGGCACAGAUCGGGAGACACACUCCGGAGCAUGCACGGGCCGUCGCAGUCACAAACAUUCUGCCAGUGCUGCUGUCUUUGUACAUGUCGCCUGAAAGCUCUGAGGAUCUUCAAGUAAAAAGUAAAAAGGCCAUAAAGAGUAUCUUACAGAAAUGCACCUAUUUACCAGCCCUGGAGCCGUUUCUCUAUGAUGCUCCUCCCAAUAUUCUAAAGCAUGUGGUUGGACAGUUCAGUAAGGUGCUGCCGCAUGACAGCAAAGCUCGACGACUGUUUGUAACAAGUGGUGGGCUUAAAAAGGUUCAAGAGAUAAAAGCCGAACCUGGGUCUCUUCUACAGGAAUACAUCAACAGCAUUAACAACUGCUACCCAGAGGAAAUAGUAAGGUAUUAUUCUCCUGGAUAUUCAGAUACACUUUUGCAAAGAGUGGACAGCUAUCAACCACUUACUAACUAAGCAAAGUUAUAUUUAUAUAUUCAAAUUCACAGCAGAGUAAUUAUGAAUAGUAGUUAAAUAAAGGACUUCCUAAAUAUUUUAA